CGAACUUUUAGCAAGAGUUAUCUAACUCGCAUAAUUGAUCAGGACAAGAUAGCCGGGUCACAAAAAGCGGAUAGUAGACUACAACUAGUCCGUAUCUAUUCGCAUAAAUCGUCUUAUUGAAGAUGAAAAGUAGGAGAGAACAGGCGUCGAAUCAAUCUCUCAGGGAUGCUCUCCAGAUCGACAUAUCUCCCGAUUCUGAAUGUCAAUAUGCGUUUUGUCAUAAUUUAACAUUGGCGGUGUUACCAUCAUUACAGUUCUACUGUAAAUACGCAUUGGGCAAUGGGCAUAGCCUAUGAGUCUGCCUUGACGACCAUUGCUUUCUCUGCCCAGCCGCGGACAACCGGAUUUAGCAGUGUGAUCUCGUCAGUUUCUUCUGAAUCCAUCUCAGCGUCUUCGAUUAGUGCACCACCUAUAUGCCGAUCAUUUAAUAACCUAAAGGAUUCAGAUUUCCUCUUCUAGCAUAAGGAAAGCCAUGCUACAAAGAACACAGCGCAGUACAGGAACACAAAUAAAUAUUUUGGGUAUACCCUGCCUGAGGAUCUGUUAGCAAUCCGGACACAGUAUAGCUGGCUGCCUGGACUUCACCAACUGCCGCCACAAGCGCCGGAGACCACAUUACCAGCGGAGUCAGCGAGACAGAACAAGCACAAAUCCCUGAUGAUUAUUUCUCAAAUGAGCGGUGAGGAAAAGGAAUCUGAAUUCUAAUGGUGGAUUACUGUUUUGGAGAAUAGUAUUUUCCACGAUACCAUUACAUAUGCUGUCAUUAUAUCCGGUAUCCGCGUAUUUUAGAAGAUGCCUGGCAGCUUCACAAUAGAACCUAUCAAACUCCAUACAAGCGAACUCUGACGGUAGGCUAUAUGACUGUAUGCUUGAUCAAAACACAACCUACAUUUUUUCAAUUUUUUUUGACGUAUUUUAACAUUAUCCUGAGCAGCUCUGGAGACCUUUAUUUUUUGGUUGUUUAUUGCCUAAUCUGAAACGACCCUGGAAUUGGCCUCGUGGACUUUUUGUAACCCCAAAUGAAUGGAUUGGAGACAGGAAUAAUUGGACACCAGAAAUAAAACAACAACGUAACCAAACUGUAUCUAAAAGACAAUAUUGAUUUAUAUAUGAUCGCAAAAUAAUUACAAAAAACCCAUAUAUUUUUAUGUUUGUUACUUUGGUUCAAUAGGCUACUAGAAACACAUUUUACACCUUAGUUCAAUUCCAUAGCUUGUAUGAAAUUUGAAUAAAUGUCCACAUAACACUGACCACUGUAUAAAAUCGUUCAGACCGGGGUCAUAUGGUGAAACGAAGUGUUACCACAACUGUUUUGAGUUAAACUGACGCUGACAAGAAACCGCUCAUAUAAUCGCUCGAGCCUCCCCGCCACAAUUCGGUGUCUCAGGUGCCAGCCUCACUGAUGGUCGGAAUAGAGCUCCCACGAGCUAGCACCACAGCCGAUGCAACCCCGUACAUUUCAAAUAUCUCUAAAGGAGCAAUUUGAAUGCCACCGACAGGCUACAUCAGUUUCUAGGAAGACACAGUGGCUCUUCCAUAUCAGUCACCUCUCUUAGAGUUUCAAUGCACAGCUGCCUACCGUCACUGAUGAAGCAGAGGCAAACAGCGGGAGAGAGUGAGUGUCUGAAAUAAACAACAAGAACAAAAAGUGAAUGGCAGUGUGCCAAGCCGACGGAUGGAGGUUUAAAAAGAUAAAGGGAAAAAAUUAUUUCAGUGGCGCUGACUGUACCCGACUGUACCCUGCAGGAGUCACUCAGCGAAGAACAGGGAAAGGAGACGCGUGCCCUCACACGCACACACACGCACAAACACACACACGCACAAACACACGCACAAACACACGCACAGCGUAUGCUAACAAAGGUGCUUUUUACGUAAGUAAACAUUAUUGAGGGCAGACAUCUCAUCUAUAAAAGGAACAAGGAAGAACUUUGAGGUUAACUGUAGCUUUAGCUCGGUUCACUCAGCCAACAUUUCCAAUCUUUGACCUCUGCUGAUUUUGUAACCUUUACCUUUAUUGGUCAUUGCAUCACAUGACCCGAUUACAUCCACCCAGGCGGUUACAUCCACCCAGGACGGUUACAUCCACCCAGGCGGUUACAUCCACCCAGGACGGUUACAUCCACCCAGGACGGUUACAUCCACCCAGGCGGUUACAUCCACCCAGGCGGUUACAUCCACCCAGGACGGUUACAUCCACCCAGGCGGUUACAUCCACCCAGGACGGUUACAUCCACCCAGGCGGUUACAUCCACCCAGGACGGUUACAUCCACCCAGGACGGUUACAUCCACCCAGGCGGUUACAUCCACCCAGGACGGUUACAUCCACCCAGGACGGUUACAUCCACCCAGGACGGUUACAUCCACCCAGGACGGUUACAUCCACCCAGGACGGUUACAUCCACACAGAGUCAUUAGGUUAUUUUACCAAGGCUAAGGGCCACUUAACCCAUCUUUUCAAAACAUAUCUAGAUUGUGCAAAUUAUGAAAUGUUCAGAAAUAAGACACAUAGACAAAUAGCAUUUUAUGAAUCCUAUUUCUAUCCAUUUAAUCCUAUCCAAUAUCCGUAACCAAGACGUAUCAAAAAACUGGGCUCAGGUCUACAAAUGUAGAAAUACAACUCUAGAUAGGUUGAAAUGUUAAAGCCCAUAUGGCUUCUGGGUACUGGUACCUGGGUUUGAGAACCGCAACCCUGUACCAGUUAUCGCUCGACAGUACUAGGAAGAGAGUGAUGUUGCAUACGGUAAACACUUAUUGUUCUUAGGUUCGAGAAAUGAUCAGAUCUUUGAAUGCUAGACAUUAUGUAAUCCUGCCAGAUGGUCUUUUUCUACAGAGGCUCUAUGUAUACAACAGCCGUGGAUGAGGGUGAUCGCAAGUAUAUUUUUGGAAGGAUGCUGUUCUAAAACAGAGGAUCUGAUUCCAACCUUUGGGGUGGUUUGGGUAAGGUAUUGUGAUUGAUGACAGUUGGCAAGCAGUGCUCUUGGGGAUAGUCAGUCUGUCUGCUAGCCAGAUCAUUAGCCAACCAGGACCUCUAUGUUGACAUUCAUAUGUCCUCUGGUCCGUCUGCUUUCUGGGUACAUUUUGUGUGUGUCUGACAAUGACAUCAUUUCUUUAUUUUGUGUUACAUACUGUACCUGUCUAAUUCUUCUCAUAUUAUACUGUCUUUGACUCCUGUUCACAGAGAAAGGCCUAGAGUCUACCGGGGUGAUGACAAGGGAAGGACUACCCAACAAGGUUUUGGCUGUUGAUGGAGAGGAUUUCGAAUGACAGCCGGGACAGUGGUCAUCACAGGAGGUAUUUUAGCUACAGUUAUCUUGCUCUGCAUCAUCGCGGUCCUGUGUUACUGUAGGCUACAGUACUAUUGCUGUAAGAAGGAGGAGUCGGAGUCGGAGGAGGAGGAGCCCGACUUCGCGGUGACGUCCCGCCUCCCGCCUGUCCACUCCAAUCACAAUAUUGUGGCAGCGUCAGCAACCGCCUCUACCCCCAACGGCCCCGCCCUCUUCAUGCCUCCGCCUCCGUUGGCGCGGAAGCUGACACGCUCGCAGACCUUUUGCCCGUCGUGCACGCACUAUGAGUUGCCCUUCUACCUGCAGCAUCCGGACGGUCUGCGGAACGGCGGCGACCGCAUCAGCUACCGCAGUGUCCAGCAACACGACCUGGAGACGCCCUUAGAAAUGCCCAGCUACCACAAACUUAACCUGACCCGGUCAGUCACCAUGAGGGAUAUGUUCAGCCGCAACUGCAGCAUCAGCACUGACGUCUAGUGGCAUUUGCGCCACCUAAUGGCAUGGAGGACUCGUGGAAAUGGACAGAUAAUACGGUGGGGAACUGUGGUCUGACCACUGAUAAAUAAUAAAUAAGAAUGUUCACAAAUAAACUGUGGAAAAGAUAAGAUUCAAAUGAAAUCCAUCAGUUGGUCCUCUUAUUGUUGGAUUGUGGAUAACCCCUCAACAACCCCCUGGUCUCAAUUCACUGAAUCAACUUUAAAUAAGAAACAACAGACUUUGCAGAUACAAAGGAGCCAUGACGAUCUGGAUGAAGAGGACGACCACUGCCAAUCUUCAUCAAUCCCCAACCUAAUUACCAAAACAAGGGUUGUGCAGAUCACGUUUCAAGUUAUGGAAUAUUUCUAUGGUUUUAUGGUUUUGAAAAUGGAGGAAGGGGGAACGAGUUCUAGGGUGUAAGACAUAAAGGGCUUGUGCUAGACCGUGGCAGUCAGAGUCCUCUGCUCUGUUGUUUUGUGGGCAUUGUUUGUGGGCAAGGUUGAGAGAGCUGUUGCUAAGAGAGUAUUAGAGGAGGUCUGCUUCUCAAGAAAGACCAACCCGUGGUUGAUGGUGUGAUCUUCUUUCUACCACACGAGAUUACAGUUCAGUGUGAAUUAAGUUACGAUGGUGAGAGGUGUGUGUACUUGCCAAGGAAGUAAAUCCUAGCAAGGGCUGCACACAAAAUGUAAUGUUACUUUUUCAGCCUCCAACCGGGUCACAAUAACCCCAAAACACAGGAAACAGGGGUGUUAAAGUUAUGUUUUUUUAUUAGGGUAUCAACCCACCAAACAGAGAGUCCAGAGCGGUCUGAACUCUUUGGGCCGAACGAGCUGAGAGGGUUUUGAAAAUGUUCCUUUUUUUAAGUUUUACUUACAUAACAUUAUCUGAAUAUGUGAAAUGUGAAAGACAGUCUAUUAUAUUUGACCAGUGCAGAGAAACCAUAAAAUAACGUAACUGAUAUUUUAUACACUUUAGCUUUAGUAUGUAAUGACGGUUAUUUUGUUCACAGGAGUUUCAAAUUUGCGUCUUUUCACCUAAUUCCUUGUCCUGUAUAAUAUCUGAGAUCCACAGGCGUAUAUAGUCUGAACAACAUUUCGGGCAUUAUCUUAAUUCAAAAAGGUUUGGACUCGGUUUAUCUUCCUCUGCACUCGCCUUGCUGGACUAGGAGGAUGUACCAACUCUGCAAUCGACUGAGGGGCCUGGAAGAGUCUGAUCAUUGUCUCUGAGCUCUGCAAGCAAGACUGGAGGAGAGGAGGCGUCAGCUGUGCUGCGUGUGCACUAGAGGGAAAAUGGGGAUGGAGAGACUGCGGCUGUGAUUUAAUGCCCACAGGCCACUCUUUCAAUCAGAUUAUUUACUGCCGAGAUGAAAUCCGAAUGGAAUGUGGGGUGGGGGCUGGAAUGUGGGGUGGGGGCUGGAAUGUGAUUGGCUCCGGGAUGACGGUCCCGGUCUCCCUGUUCCGUCCAGCCCUACAGUCAGUGGCGAUGAAUGCUUUGCCUCUAUUUUUUUUGUUUUGUUUAAACACCACCUGUUUACUAGCAACAAGGUUGUUUGUUUGUUUAUCCCAGCAAAUGCAAUGGGACUACUUAUUUUGUUGACCUAGGGCUCAGUUCAAUCAAACCCGCAUGGCAGUAUUAACACAGACAAAUAAACUCACAGACUUAUCUUGGGUACUAUAUAAAAACCCACAACCGUUACCCACCCUCACAGGUUGGUCUUCACUUUUCAGAAUCAGAAGUGUGUGGGCACAAAAAUAAUAAUGUAAAUAAAGACACUGCGUAAACAUUGCUAUGGUAGGUUUGAAAGAAUCACAGGCAGCCCUAUUCUUGCAUCACUGCAUCAUGCAAACAGACACACAUACAUAAAUGUAUACAUACGCGUAUAUAUUCUUUUUCAAAAUGUUCUCUUCCUUUUAAAGGCCCAGUGCAGUCAACAUUCUGUAUUGUCAUAUUGUGUAAAAGCUGAUAUGUUUCAGUGUUAUUUUCUGGUUUUGCUUGUUCAAAAUACAAUCUACACAGGACCUUUAAAUCAGCUGGUUUGCAUGGGCAAAAGUUUUGACUUUAAAUGUUUGACAUUACUAGGUUGUAUUAGUAAAAGAUUGAUUAAAAAAGUUCUGUACCUCUGCAAAUAACAGGUAGUUUUCACUACUGUAGGAGCACUCCCAAUCCUAGCAAAAUACAUUCAAUUUCAAGAAUUAUCUUCUUUUUUUGGCAUUAAACUAUUUUAGCCUAUUUGGAUCUGAAUAGCUUACAAAAGAUUGUUCCUCAUUCCAAAAACAAUUUUGUAUUGAAAUAAAAAUGUUUGCAUUGAGCCUUUAAAAGCUAACAGCAGCACAGGAAAUGUGUGUGACAGACAUUCAAGAUAUGAUUAUAUAUUUAUUUUAACAUUACUUUUACUAAAGUAAUUGUGUUCUUUGCUGAACUUCAAUAAUGCUUUAUCUCAGUAUUUGCAUUUUAUGAUCAACUUUCCUUGUUUCUAGCUCAAUAAGGUAAAACAUGUUUCUGUCAUUGUUUCAACUGUAUGACUAAUGAAAACAUGGUUACUAAUAAAAGGGUGUAAAAAAAUCUAGUAUUCAUGUGCUUCUCCACUACUGUACAGUAGGAGAUAUGAGGAAAAUAGUAAA